AUGAAGCAGUCUGGUAUCACCACCGAGUUCCACCGAGUCCGUGACGCUCUACUGGUGCAAGAUAUCGCGGACAAGAGGCCGAUGAUGGACGUCCACUCAACGUACCAUGUCGACUUAGAGUCAGAUGAGGUUCUUGAGCAAAUCAACAUAGGAAGCGCCGUCCUCUGCCGCGCGCGAAACGUCAUGAUCGUUCGAUCUUCGCCCACGAGACCGACGACCCGAAGCCAGCCGGGACACCAAAUUUAUCCCGAUGCCACGUAUGAGCCUGUAUACGUGUGA